AUGAGCACAAAAGGCUCCUUUUCUGAAGGGACGAUCCGUCGAUCAACUCCUUCCUCUCGCAGAGGCUCAGGAAGUAUCACGCUUACCUCUGGUCUAACAGUAGCGGUCCAUACGAGGACGGACGUUGAUGAAAAGUUCCCCCAUGCCACCCCGAAAACGUUGUCCGAUCAUCUUCGUAAAUAUGAAGCAUUGUUCAAACUUAGCUCUCAACGCAUGAGGAUGAUCGUCUCCGCAUUUGAGGAUACCUUGGGGCUUGGUCUUGAGAAAUAUGGUCAGACAGUUCCUAUGAUCCCAACCUACGUAUUUGGCUGGCCAACUGGAGAAGAGACGGGAGAUUAUCUUGCCGUUGAUCUUGGAGGAACCAAUCUUCGUGUCUGUCUCAUCACUCUGCGCGGCGGAGGCAAAUUCGAGAUUACCCAGUCCAAAUAUCGAUUAACCGAUGAACAAAAACAAGUGGAUGGAAAAGUCCUUUUCGAUUUCUGUGCUCGAUGUGUUGCGGAGUUCAUUCAGGCUCAUACAGGCGAUAAGGACGGCUUCGUCAAGCCAGGUCAGGAAAUAGCCUUAGGCUUCACAUUCUCGUAUCCUUGCUCCCAGAAUCGCAUCGACCAUGGAGAACUCAUUCGUUGGACGAAGGGCUUCGGAAAUCCGAAUGUCGAAGGCCGUGAUGCUGCCGAAUUGUUCCGCGACGCUCUCGCAAAGUACAAAUGCCCCGUCAAACUAGUGGCUAUCAUCAACGACACGACUGGAACACUCAUCGCUUCUCAUUACGUUAAUCCACGCACCAGGAUCGGCGUUAUCCUCGGGACGGGUUGUAACGCAGCUUACAUGGAAAAAGUGAAAGACAUACGCAAGAUCAAAGACCUUGGUAUCCUUACGGAAGACCCUGAGGCUGAGAUGGCAAUCAACUGCGAAUGGGGUGCAUUCGAUUCUUUUACUCAUCAACAUUUACCUCGUACGAAAUACGAUAAACAAGUUGAUACCGAAUCGAACAAACCUGGGGAGCAAGCAUUUGAGAAAAUGAUUUCAGGCCGUUACCUUGGAGAGAUCAUGCGGCUUAUCAUAUGUGAAUUGAUCGAUGACGGGGCGUUCUUUUUGGGUCAAAAUACCUACAAGAUCGAAAAGCCUUACAUUUUCGACACUGCCUUUCUAUCCUUGAUGGAAACCGAUCCGACAGAUGAAUUGCUCACAAUCAUCGGGAUUUUCACCUACUUUUUCAAUCUCGAGACUACGAUCGAAGAGCGCCAAUUCUUCAGGUCUCUCGCUCGCGUUAUCGGUACCCGUGCAGCGAGGUUGAGUGCAUGCGGUAUCGCGGCGCUUGUUUCUAAGAUGGGUUAUCUGGAAGAAGGUUGCGCAGUCGCAGCUGAUGGCAGUUUGUAUGGUAAAUACCCUAAGUUUGCGGAAAGACUACAAGAGGGUCUGAAAGAUAUUUUCGGUGACAAAGCAAAGAACAUACAAACGCACCAUGCGGAAGAUGGGAGCGGUGUUGGAAGUGCGAUCAUUGCGGCAAUGACCAAGAAACGUAGGGAUGAAGGAAGGUUCAACAAUGUCUGAGCGCCACCGCAAUGAAAUUGGACCAAGAGUGGCGGUUUUUGCUGCGCGGAGUUACGAACUGCUUGUCUCUAAUCAGAAAACUGUGUUUGUAUUUUUAGUACAUUUCAAAGGCAUCCAUUGAAAAUGGGAAUAGGCACCGGGAGAACAGCGCGUCCCGCGCUGUUCAACGUGUGCCUGCACAAAGCAAUAAAAUCCGGAAGAACACGACCAAGAUGAUCCGCUAAUAU